AUGGCGAAUAGGAUGGCUCGGAUGGAAGCGUUUCGAAAACUCAAGCCAACAUGUGUAGCAUUGAUGGCUAUAGCUGCUCAUUCACCAAGCUCCCACUCUCAGCACGCUCGACUGAUAGAUAAGCUGCUAUUUGAUCUUGGCACUAUCCCUCAAUCAUCUCUAGAUCCAGCGGUGAUCAACUAUAUCCUUUUCCCUCUCACUUCCAUUUUACGCCAAUCCAAUCCAGCGAAUUUACCUGAUCAAUUCUUAGAAUCUGCUUUUAGGCUUUUAGGAUAUACCACUUCAGCUUGGAAGAAAUGUGAAGGAGGGAUGGAAGUCGUAGCUUGGGAGCAAUUAUGGAGAUUCUGUAUAGCUGCCGUUGGACCUAGAAGUAAGGACGACAAGGGUAAAGGCAAAGAGAAAGAGGGAAAUCAAGAACUCCAGUUUCAAGCUGUCCAGCUACUCACCGCAUUGCUGAAUCCUAUCAGCUCAGACAAACAUGGCCUUCCUCAUCCCACCUCCUCGAUGCUCGACAAAGUGUCCAGCUCAAAAUCUCCGCUACUUCCUACUCUCUUCCAAAGCAUCACGUUCCUACUCGAGACUAGUUCCCCCUCCCCGCCAUAUCAUCGACUUCAGCUAUGCUCCCUUAAGCUCCUCCGACCGCUCAUCAAGGUAUACCUCAAAGAGAAACAUGAAGUCCUCGCCGCCGUUCUACCAGGGAUAACCAGCUCGAUGGCUAAAUUAGUCCAAAGUGGAGGCGUCACUUUGAAAGGGGAAGUGGCGCAGGAAGUUCUAGGGUUGAUAGAGGAUGUGGUCAUAUCGACCUUGAAUGACGAAGAUCUGAGAUAUUUAGGGCUGCUGAGACCAAUAGUCGAUGAUCUCAGUCAAUUAGCUGAAGAUUGGGGUACGUCGAUUGAACAGGUUCCACCAGAUCAACCUACUCCACCAUCACCAGCUUCUUCAACUUCAUCUAAAAUGACAAAUCCAUUCCCACCUCUCACUGCUUCUUAUCUCUCCUUUACAUCCACUCAACUCCAGAAUGCCCUUCCUCCAAUUAUAUCGACUUUGUCUGGUCAUACUUCGGAUCUACCACGUCAUGCAGUCAUAUCCCUCACCUCCUCAAUUGUUCAAUCAUGUCAUGAAUCCCUUUCCUCUCUUCAACCUCAAUGUCUGGCUUCGCUCUUGUCACUAUCACAAGAUACAUUCGAUCCGGUAAGGCAUGAUGCCAGGCGAAAACUACGACUGCUGCUGGAGAAUGAACGGUUAUCUUUACAGCCCUUGUUGUUAGAUAUCCUGAGUAACGGUUUGAACUCGCUACCUAGAUUAGUGACCUCAGAACAGGACAAAGAGGUCGAUGAGGUGGCGAAAUUGAUCACGGCAAUUGCUCUUACGUCCUCGGAGAUCAAACAAGGUAACAACGCUAUCGCGGACUUGCUAGGCCCAAAAGGCGGGGUAGAAAAGUGGAGUUGGGCUCUAUUGAACUGCUUAGAAUUCGGUCGACCUAACGGAUGGUCCGCUUCUGAUAGUUCUGCUGAAAGAAUAGCUCAGCUAGGAUGGCAACAUGACACAACAUCUACUGCUGUACCUCUUCUUAUGGCUGGUGAUGGCUCUACGCAAUCUGGAAAUUCUUUCCCUCAUCUCCCCUUACGAUAUGUUGAGUCUGAGUCUACCUCAAAGUCUUUAGCGGAGAUGCUACGAUCUUUAGGAGCCGCAGGUGGCGAAACAGCCUUACAUGCUGUGGAAUAUUUCAUCCUGUUCGCGAAAGCGAAUAGUAGGAGGCAAGUGGCCAAGUCGGUUUCGGCGAUUUGGGUCUGUGAAAGACUGUUAGAAGGUAUAUCAUCUGCUCAGAUGGAAAGCGCAGAAGGUAAGAUUAGUAAAGCUGUUAGAAAGAUGAGUAGAGGAAUUGUCAAGACAUUAGUAAAUAUCUCCGAAGAGGAAGAGGACGUGGACGGACAGGAAGAUGAUCUGAAUCACACAGAAGAUCCGAAUGUCGAAGCAUUGAUACCCAUAGAACGAACUCAGGGGAUAGAUACUCUUACUACUUUACUUGAUCGAAAACCCAUACCGAAUACCAGAGCAUCCAUCGAGACUCGUCGAUUGCAAGCCGAAGCUCAGCAUGCUCUUCUCACCUGUCUAUCACUCCAAACCCUCACUCUGACAUCUCAGAUCCUCUCAUCAUCCUUCCGCCCAUUACUGCUCACUACGCUAUAUGUUCUCCUUUCUCAUCUCGCUUCUCCUCACCCAAUCAUCCGGGAUUAUGCGACUACGUCCAUCCAUCAGAUAUCAUAUAAUAUCGGAUACGCCAGUCCGCAAAACAUGGUUCUAGACAACGUGGACUACGUAAUUAAUAUCGUAACAUUACAUCUUCUACCCACAAAACUGUCGCCCACUGCGCCAUUGGUAUUGAUAGCUAUGAUCAAACUUGUUGGAUCGAGGAUCGUACCGAUGGUUCAUGAUUUGGUGGAUGAGAUAUUCGAUGCGCUAAAUGAUUAUCAUGGGUAUGAAGCUCUUGCCAGUAGCUUGUUAGCUGUUUUAGGGACCUUGAUCGAGGUUAUGAACGAUGAGAUCAGCUCAAAAGGUAUGAGUGAGGAAAGGCGUAAUAAACUCAAUGAAAUGAGAAGGGUUGAAAGGCCACCUGAACCCAAAGAGGAUUUCGAACAGUUCUUCGGGUGGCGGGAUGAUAGAAAUAAAAGGAGGGAAGAGGAAGUAGGGGAAAUCCUUGAAAGAGCUCCUCAGCAUGCUUGGGGUAAAGGUGAUAUCCCCUCGACUGAGAACCAGGAAGCAGAAGAUAAACAGGUUGGCUCACCUGAAAAUCCUGUUGAUGAUGAAGAGAUUCCCCCUACUCGCACCCAAACUGUGUGUAUACGAAUAUUGGAGAAAUCUGUUUUCUUCUUAACUCACAAUUCACCUUUCCUUCGAUAUAAGAUCCUCUCAAUCAUCUCGAGUGCUACUAUAGUAUUAUCAAGAGGGAAUAGGGAGAAAGAACUGUUACCCCUUAUUGAUAGAUCCUGGAACUCGAUAUUGAAUCGAUUGGAUGAGAAGGAUCAUCCGUAUAUCGUCACGGAAGCUUGUGAGGUGAUUGAGAAGUUAUGUGAAGAACUGGGAGAUUUCAUGUCGAAGAGAGUGAUAGAUCAUGUAUGGCCAAGAGUCAAGAUUUUGUUGCAAGACCAAUGGGAAAACGAUAAGAAAUCUGCUUUGGCUAAACGUACUACCUGGGCACGCCGAUUUACUGGUAGAAUGGACAAGUAUAGUACUUCUCAUAGGUUACAUCGAUCCAUCCUGAAGAUUCUGUUAUUCAUCAUUAAAGAAGUCCCAGUAGAUGAUAUGGUAAUUUGGGAAAUAAUCGUAAUAUUCAGACCAUUCUUAGAUCGACGAAUCAAUGAGGAAUUACAAGGACUAGCAAUUGGAGUCUACGAGGAACUGAUGAAGCGCAAUGGAGAUGGGACGUGGUUGGUGCUCAAUGCUACUGUGGGAGAAGUACAGGGCAAUCUUGGUUGUUGGAAAUAUCUAAGGGAAGAAGGUCUGGAGAUGGCAGAGAACGUUGAAAAUAUUCUAGCCAACGGCUGA